CGGCGUGAAGAUGUUCUAUCACAUCUCGCUGGAGCACGAGAUCCUGCUGCACCCGCGGUACUUCGGGCCCAACCUCCUCAACACCGUCAAGCAGAAGCUUUUCACUGAGGUGGAGGGGACCUGCACCGGCAAGUACGGCUUCGUCAUCGCUGUCACCACCAUUGACAACAUCGGGGCCGGGGUGAUCCAGCCGGGCCGUGGGUUCGUGCUCUACCCAGUCAAGUACAAAGCCAUCGUGUUCCGGCCCUUUAAGGGUGAGGUGGUGGAUGCUGUCGUCACCCAGGUCAACAAGGUUGGGCUCUUCACGGAGAUCGGCCCCAUGUCCUGCUUCAUCUCCCGCCAUUCCAUCCCCUCAGAGAUGGAGUUCGACCCCAAUUCCAACCCCCCCUGCUACAAGACAGUGGAUGAGGACAUUGUUAUCCAGCAGGAUGAUGAGAUCCGCCUGAAGAUCGUGGGGACACGAGUGGAUAAGAACGACAUUUUCGCCAUUGGCUCCCUCAUGGACGAUUACCUGGGCCUCGUCAGCUGAGCACAAGGGAUGGUUCUGCACCCGACCCCCUCAGUUGUGCCCCCCCCCCCCAAACCAGGGCUGUUGUUGGGGGCACCCCCGAGGCUGGGGGCGGUUCUGCCCUUCCAAGAGCCGCUAUUCCCAAUAAAAAACGUUGUUUUGA